AUGCAAGAUACAGUCGUUGGUCUAGCAGAAGCCACACACCUCCCAUCCAUAGGCACCCUCCACGCCCGCGCCUACCAUCCAACCCGAGAAUGGCACCGCAGGAUAUUCCCCGCAUCCAUCGCACCCUGGUGGGAAAAGAAAUACGCCCUAGACAUUGCAGAUCCAAAUUGCUACGUUCUCAAGAUCUCAUCCACCGACUCUCGAACUACAGUUCUAGGCCUCCUCUCCCUACGCAAAUACGAAGCCGAUCAAAAAGGUGCUGGACGAUGGACAUCUUGUCUUCCCCCGCCCGAGGUUGAUAGGCAAGCGUAUGACGCCAUGCUCAGUUCUAUGAUAGAGUGUCGUGAGAGAUUCAUGUUGGGCCGUGUCCAUCUUUGUAUUGAUCAUUUUGGAGUGGAUCAUGGGUAUCAGGGACGUGGGAUGGGGAAGAUGCUCAUGGGGAGGGCGUGUGAGAUUGCGGAUGCAGAGAGACUGGAUGUUUUUGUGCAGGCUAAUGAGUUUGCCGAGUCGUUUUAUGGGAAUUUUGGGUUUGAGACGCAGGAGAAGGUUGUGAUUCCUCCUGAUGGCGUUACACAGUGCUUUCUUAUUCGGCGGGCUAGGUAA